CCGCAAUAUGCCGCCGCGGCCCCGCGGCUCUCGGCCAUGGCGAGGCUCCGCCGGCGCGUCCCCUGCGCCCUGCUGCUCGGCCUGGCCGCGCUGCUGCUGAAGGCGCGGCUGGUGCCCGCGGCCGCUCGCGCCGAGCUCGGCCGCUCCGACCUCAGCCUCAUCCGGCAGCAGCAGCGGCAGCGCGAGGAGGCGGCGGAGGAGAGGCCGGAGGCGCCGGCGGUGCGCCCCACCGGGCCCGCGGCAGUGUCUGCAUUUAUGCUGAAAGUCCAGGUGAAUGACAUCAUCAGUCGGCAGUACCUGAGUCUAGCUGUUGUAGAAGUGUUUGUAAACUACACGAAAACAAAUUCCACAGUCACUAGGAGCAGUGGAGCCGUGCUGAUAAAGGUGCCCUACACACUGGGGCUCAGCUUGACCAUUGUUGCUUACAAAGAUGGCUACGUGUUGACGUCUCUGCCGUGGAAGACUGGGAAAAUGCCAAUCUAUUCAUCAGUCACACUUUCGCUGUUCCCGCAAAGCCAAGCAAAUAUAUGGCUGUUUGAAGACACCGUUUUAAUUACUGGAAAAUUAGCCGAUGCCAAAUCUCAGCCCAGUGUUCAGUUUUCAAAAGCCUUAAUUCAGCUACCCGACGACCAUCAGGCUAGCAACGUGACGGGCUAUCUUACAGCUCUACAGCAGUUUUUGAAGGCGGACGACUUCCUCUAUACGACUGGGAUUACUCUCCAUAAAUCAGGUUUUGAAAGUGUUGAAUUGACUCCUCUUGCUGCAAUAUGUGUGAAAAUAUAUUCUGGAGGGAAAGAAUUAAAAGUGGAUGGUUCUAUUCAAGUUUCCCUCCCCCUUCUACAUACAAAUGAUCUAAGUGCAGGGGAUCACAUACCUGCCUGGACAUUCGAUAUGCGCACAGGUGCUUGGAUAAAUCAUGGCCGGGGGACAGUCAAGGCAUAUAAUAAUCACUUAAUCUGGACAUAUGACGCACCACAUUUGGGCUACUGGAUAGCAGCGCCACUUCCAGGAACUAGAGGUUCAGGUAUACAUGGAAACGCAAGGGACAUAAGCGCCUACCACACAGUGUUUCUCACAGCCAUAUUAGGAGGAACAAUAGUCAUUGUCAUUGGAUUUUUUGCCGUACUUCUUUGUUAUUGCAGGGAUAAAUGUGGUACUCCGCAGAAAAGAGAAAGAAAUAUCACUAAACUUGAAGUCCUCAAGAGAGAUCAGACAACUUCAACAACACACAUAAAUCACAUCAGUUCGGUAAAAGUUUCAUUAAAAGCUGAGGACAAGUCACAGUUAUUUAAUGCCAAAAACUCCUCAUAUAGCCCUCAGAAAAAGGAGCCAGCAAAGGCAGAAGCAGAAGAAAGAGUUUCCAUGGUAAAAACUCGGGACAAUUUUAAAAUCUACAGUGAAGAUGUUCCAUUUCUGUCAGCCAAUCAGAACAACUACUCGAGAAACCCAGCACAGUCCUUGGAGCCCAAUGUAGGGUCCAAACAACCUAAACAUAUUAACAGCAAUCUGUCUUCAUCUCUAGGUGAUGCACAAGAAAAGAGAUACCACCCAGGUCAUGAAGAGGUGUACGGACAUUCCCACAUUCCUGAACAGCUUAUGCAUAUCUACAGUCAGCCCAUUGCCAUCCUUCAGACACCCGACCUCUUCUCCACUCCAGAGCAGUUACAUACUGCUAAGUCAGCUACUUUGCCAAGAAAGGGACAGUUAGUCUACGGUCAGUUGAUGGAACCAGUAAGUAGAGAGAACUUCACACAGACGCUGCCCAAAAUGCCCGUGCAUUCUCAUGAACAGCCCCCGGAUGCCAGGGAAGAGAAUAUCCCCCUUGAAGGUCAGCAGAGCUUGCCGUCCCAGACUUCAGAUUGGAGCCGGUACUCAAACAGCUUACUGGAGUCGGUUUCUGUUCCGGGAACGCUGAACGAGGCUGUCGUGAUGACUCCCUUUUCCUCAGAGCUUCAGGGGAUUUCAGAACAGACGCUCCUGGAGCUAUCCAAGGGGAAGCCUUCCCCCCACCCCAGAGCAUGGUUCGUGUCUCUUGAUGGGAAACCAGUCGCACAAGUGAGACACUCCUUUAUAGACCUGAAAAAGGGCAAGAGAACCCAGAGCAAUGACACCAGCUUGGACUCUGGGGUGGACAUGAAUGAGCACCUCUCAAGCAGAAGACUCGAGAGGGAGAAAACGUUCAUCAAAAGCAUGCACCAGCCGAAGAUCCUCUACUUAGAAGACUUAGACCUGAGCAGCAGUGAGAGCGGAACCACUGUCUGCUCCCCCGAGGACCCAGCUCUGAGGCCCAUCCUGGAUGGAGGGGGUGCAGCAAUCCUGGAGCACCCCGGGGAAGAGCCUCCGGGAAGAAGAAGCACUGUUGAAGGCUUUGAGGCCAGUCUGUCCCCCACCAAGAAAAGGGGCAGACCGCCACUCGCCAAAAAAGAUAGCAAGACUACUAUCUGGAAGAAGCGGGAGGAACGCCCACUGAUUCCCAUGAACUGACGCCAAGGGCGGUUGAGUGUGCUGGCUCGUGUUCAUUCUUGCUCCUUGCAAGCCACUCUCUGAACUUUUGAAGAAGUUGGAACUGAGCAGUCAUGGUCCCUGGACGUGUCUCAAGCAGAGUAAAUAGUAAAAUGGCAAUUCACUAAUGAAAGAGAAAGAUACCAAGAAAUGCUUUUUCUGACCUAUUCUUUUCAUUUACUUUUGAGUCAUGAAUUUGAAGUAUCCGAGAGCUCAAAAUGUGAAGUAGCUUCAAGAUGUUAAUUCUCUGAAAACCCUGCUCAGUCAGCCAAUGUAGCCCUCUCUCAGAAAAACAGUGAAGUGCGUACUCCGAAAGUCGCUUUCAGAAAUGUUGCCUCUGCUUUGAUGCCCGCCCCUGUAAACAUCUAGAAAUGAAACUAUUGGGCAUCGUAGUCUUGUGACCUAGGACUGUUAGGUUCUCCUCUGCCUGUAGAUGAAAAUAAUGAUAAAUGUUCUCGAUGUUCCUCUAGAAUCUAAAGGCCAAACAAUAUUUCCCUUUUUGCAAUAAAAUGCAUGUGCACUGUACCAACCCCAAAAUAAAUCUUGCUCAUGUAAGAUAGGCAGGAAGUUACAUGGUUGUUAGAGAGGGAAAAAGUAGCUCUUUGGUUGUUUUUGGAUAUAACUUCACAGACUAAAUGAUGAGGUGUUAACUUAUUUAGAAAUCUGAAAAAUGAAUGCUCUGAUACUUCCAUUUUUAUUUUAAAUUUUCUUUUCUCCCUGCUUCUAGAGUGAAAUGAUUGAAACUGUCAAGGAAAACUUUAGCAAUCUUAAACAAAAACAAAACCCCAUACUUUAGUUUAAGAAUCAAUGAUACAUGUAAGCUAAAAUCAGCUUUAAGAUAUUUUUCUGUCCCCCACAAUUCAUUCAUUUUAAACUUGAAUUUAAAAUUAAUAUUCAGAUGUUCAUUUUAAACUUGAUUUUAAAAAUAUUUAGGUAUUCAUAAGCAGUUUUCAGUUUAUUAACAAAAUAUGUGAAACUAAAGGAAAUAAACAUUUUUUAAAUGUUCAUAAGCAGGAAAAGAAAUUCUAUUUCUCCUAGACUCAAAAAUACCUUCAGAAUAUUUCAUGUAUAUCCAGAUGCUUUUCUCUUGACAUUUGUAAAAGAUAUUUUAGAAAAUGUUUCGAUUUAAUGGAGAAGUAAAAGGUUUUUUUUAAAUCACUUUUAGCAUUUGCAACAUUUUGUUCUAGUUUUGGAAGUAAUAUAUUCAUGUUCUUUUCAUCAUAGCAAAGAAUUAAGUAUGAACACAUUCAACAGCUGUUUUUAAUUAUAAUUGUCUUCAACUCUAAAUUAUCAUUCAUAUGUCCUAAAAAUAAAGCUCUUUGUUAAUUAAAAUCAAUUCAUCCCAUUUUUUCUCCAAAUUUCCGUGAAGGCAAAUGUCUGAAGCAGCUCCCCCUUUCUCUCAGGGGGUGAACGUUAAGCUAGAUUACUUUAUUUCUCAUCCUCUUCAACAUAGGACCAACAUAGGGACCCAAGGCACAUAAACAAUUUGAAAGAAGCAAAAUUAGCCUAAUAUAUUAGUUGUAGUCAAAUUACAGAUGGGUAGUCAAUGAAAGACAACUGCUUUUUUUUUUCCCCCAAGAUAGUCGACUUCAGCCAUUUUUUCCCUCUAAUUACUUCAGUUUUUCCUAUAACACCAAACCUGUUGGAUAAUACUCGUUCUGUGUUAACCCAAAGAACUUAAAAACGUGGGCACAAGUUUGCCAUGUUUUACCCAGUCCAUAGGAGAGAGAGAGAUAUUUGGGGUAAUACCUACGGUUAGUUUCUGGAGUCGUAGGUUUCUUAUUGGUCUACAGAAAGAUGCAUUAAAGUGGCAUAAAUGGAAAUGACUCGGAAAAGGUUACAGAGUUAGUGCUCUGCUGAAGUGCCUUUGAUAUAGACGUGCUUAUUGGAAGGAUACACUAACAUCUUUCUUUGAUGUGCAUUUUCUUUCUGUUGGCCAAAUUAAACAGAUGUGCAGUUUUGUUAAUCAAAAAAUAUAGACCUACUGUUUCAUGUUGGAACAAUGAUUUUUGCAUGCAAGUAACAUUUCUCUUGUGCUUUUUUGAAUCCAGUUUACAUUGAUAAGCUAUGUUGGAAUGAAGUUAGAAACUGUAUAGUAAACUGUUGCACUUCAAUAUUUUAAGCUUAUAUUUUCCCUACCUUUAAAUAAAAAUGUUUCAUCUUUUAGCUUGGUGAUGGAAUACAUAUGUUGAUAUAAGGGUAUAUUAUUCAAGUAUGCCACUUACUCAUUCUUACAUAAAGGAAAUGAGAUGUAUCCCCAGGGGCUUUUAUAGAAAUAUUUUUUUUUUUUUGGUUUCAGAAUAAAAAUAUUUUUUUUAUACACUGCACAUUCUGUUCUCAAUGGGGAAGUAUAGGCAGUUUACCUUUUCUAAUGAUAAAUGUGCGACUUCUCAUUUGUGAGUAGUUCACAGAUUUCCUGUUAAAAAGCUGAAGCCAUCUACUUUUUCUUAACCCAAGUAAUGAUUACCCUACAAUAUUCACAACUUUCUUAAAUUUUUAAAUUGAAAACCAACAGUUUUUUGCAAUGUAACUCUUACGAAUUUUGAUCACGAAUUGUUAACCUUUGUAGAUCCUUUGUAUAUCUACUUUGGAUAUAUCUUAAAAGCAAAAUUAUCCCUCAAUUAACUGAUGGAUUCAUUUACUAAAGCACAGCUAUAUGUAUUUUUUAAUACAUAUGAUCUUGAGACUUUAUAAAGUGAAUUUUUAUGGCAUUUAUGCAGUUGUACAGGGUUUACGCCCUUUUCUAACACACAGAAUCACGAAGGUCACAAGUGUUGCGGAACGAAAGUGCCACUAUGCGCUGGCGAUCAUUCUCGGGUCACUGUCUGGGUUUGAGUCCUCUGGUAUCAAUACAUACAGAGUUGUAGGAAUCUGUGGGUCAAAUAAUGUCCCCCAAAACUUCCCAAAAGGUGAAGCUCAGAGUUUGUAUUCAUUUAUAGUGAAUGAGUUACUCAUUUAGCUGUGUGCUGGCAUUGUAAAGAACGUGACCAUGUUCAUUUCCGUCUCAGACCUUAAGCUGACACAUUGCCCUUGUUUCUGAGUAUUUAUUUCUAUCUUUUGUAUUUCAACAGAGGAAUCUCACAGUUCACUGUAUUUAAUGCCAUUGUUACUAUAUUUACUGCUGAAAACUGUAACAAUCUGAAGAUUUGUAAAAUGUUAAACAUAGCUCAUUAAAGAUAAUAAAUCUAAAAAGUA